AUGAGCUAUGAACCGGCCCUGAACUGGGGUCAGUUCCGGGUACCAGCUUUCAGGGGGCCUCAGCCUGAGGAAGCUGACAGCUCCCAGCAGCCCGCGUACACCUCCUGCCCCGGUCUCCUCGGUGUCACCAAGCACCUCCGCGCCCGUAGGACGCGCGCACCCCACGCAGGGGUGGCGACAAUCGGGUUGGGGCCGCGCGGGGACCCUGGCGACCGCGGUGGUACAGGAAGGGAUGGCUGGAUAGUGGACUACUUCCACAUUUUUGGGCAGGGACAGCGAUACCUCAACAGGAGAAACUGGGCAGGUGCAGGGCACUCCCUCCAGCAGGUCACAGGCCAUGACUACUACAAUGCACAUCCGAAGCUGGCUCCUGGGAUCAACGGCCGGUUUGGCUACCGCAGGAACACCCCGGCCCUCCGCCAGCGCCCCUCAGUGUUCGGAGAAGUCACGCCGUUCCCUCUCUACUGACGGCCCCACUGCACUUCACCGCCCUUCACCUGAAUUUCUCGGACAGAGGCUUAG